AUGGUAACAAAGGUGAUGGCAGUGGAUAGUACCGUAGCUCAACCAUUAGCUGCAGCUGCUAUUUCUGUUAAAAAAAUAACACUUCAGGAUAUCAAUGACAAUCCACCAGUAUUUCCAACAGACAUGCUGGAUCUCACUGUAGAGGAGAACAUUGGAGAUGGCUCUAAGAUUAUGCAACUAACAGCCAUGGAUGCUGAUGAGGGUGCAAAUGCUCUGGUCACAUACACUAUCAUUAGUGGAGCUGAUGAUAGUUUCCACAUAGACCCAGAAUCCGGAGAUCUGAUAGCAACCAAGCGAUUGGACAGAGAACGCCGUUCCAAAUAUUCGUUGCUGGUUCGUGCUGAUGAUGGUCUUCAGUCUUCAGACAUGAGAAUUAAUAUCACCGUCAGUGAUGUGAACGAUCACACACCUAAGUUCUCCAGACCUGUGUACUCUUUUGACAUCCCAGAGGAUACAACCCCUGGUUCUUUGGUAGCAGCCAUUUUAGCUACAGAUGAUGACUCUGGAGUGAAUGGAGAAAUUACAUAUAUUGUGAGUGAAGACGAUGAAGAUGGCAUAUUUUUCCUGAAUCCGGUUACUGGAGUCUUUAAUUUGACUCGAGUAUUAGAUUAUGAAGCACAGCAAUAUUAUAUCCUCACUGUUCGAGCUGAAGACGGUGGGGGACAGUUUACUACCGUCAGAGUUUAUUUCAACAUUCUAGACGUAAAUGAUAAUCCACCUAUUUUCAGCUUGAAUUCAUAUAGCACAUCUUUAAUGGAGAAUCUACCUCUAGGAUCUACUGUUCUUGUGUUUAAUGUUACUGAUGCAGAUGACGGCAUCAACUCCCAACUGUCUUACAGCAUUGCUUCAGGUGAUAGCCUUGAGCAGUUUACAGUGGACAAGAAUGGUGUCCUGAAAGUCUUAAGAGCUUUGGAUCGGGAAAGUCAGUCCUUCUACAACCUGGUUGUUCAGGUGCAUGACCUGCCACAACUUCCAGCCUCCAGAUUUACAAGCACUGCCCAAGUCUCCAUUAUUUUGCUGGAUGUAAAUGAUAACCCACCAACAUUUCUUUCCCCUAAGUUGACAUAUAUUCCAGAAAACACACCUAUUGACACUGUCGUUUUCAAAGCUCAAGCAACUGACCCUGAUAGUGGCCCAAACAGCUACAUUGAGUACAGCCUGCUGAAUCCCCUUGGAAACAAGUUCAGUAUCGGGACCAUUGAUGGUGAAGUGAGGCUCACUGGAGAACUGGACAGAGAAGAAGUUUCUAACUAUACUCUAACAGUGGUGGCUACAGACAAAGGCCAACCGUCUCUCUCUUCAUCUACAGAGGUUGUAGUUUUGGUACUUGAUAUCAAUGAUAACAACCCCAUUUUUGCACAGGCUUUGUAUAAAGUGGAGAUUAAUGAAAACACACUUACUGGAACAGAUAUAAUACAAGUAUUUGCAGCAGAUGGAGAUGAAGGUACAAAUGGUCAGGUUCGCUAUGGAAUUGUUGAUGGUAAUGCCAAUCAAGAAUUUCGGAUUGACUCUGUCACAGGUGCUAUUACUGUGGCUAAGCCUUUGGAUAGAGAGAAGACUCCCACUUACCUUUUAACUGUUCGGGCAACAGAUCGGGGCAGCACCCCCAGAACUGAUACCUCCACGGUCAGCAUUAUUUUACUGGAUAUUAAUGAUUUUGUUCCUAUAUUUGAGCUAUCUCCAUAUACUGUAAAUGUCCCUGAGAAUUUAGGGACCCUACCCAGAACAAUUCUUCAGGUGGUGGCAAGAGAUGAUGAUCAAGGAUCCAACAGCAAACUCUCGUAUGCUCUAUUUGGUGGUAAUGAAGACAACGCUUUUACUCUCUCAACCAGUGGAGAACUUAGAGUAACACAGAGUCUGGACCGGGAGACGAAGGAGCACUUUGUCUUGAUGAUUACAGCUACAGAUGCAGGAUACCCUGCAUUGACUGGAACUGGAACAAUCAAUGUCAUAGUAGAUGAUGUCAAUGACAAUGUCCCCACUUUUGCCAGUAAAAUGUAUUUCACAACAAUUCCUGAAGACGCACCAACUGGUACAGAUGUUUUAUUGGUAAAUGCUUCAGAUGCUGAUGCUUCAACAAAUGCAGUUAUAAGGAUCAUUGGUGGAAACUCUCAGUUCACCAUCAACCCAUCCACAGGACAAAUCAUCACCAGUGCACUGUUAGACAGGGAAAUGAAAGAUAAUUAUACUUUAGUAGUUGUCUCCAGUGAUGCUGGAUCCCCAGAGCCUCUUUCCAGUUCCACCAGUGUGUUCGUCACUGUGACUGAUGUCAAUGACAAUCCACCAAGAUUUCAGCAUCACCCAUAUGUCACACACAUCCCAUCUCCUACUCUUCCAGGUUCCUUUGUCUUUGCAGUUACAGUCACAGAUGCUGAUAUUGGACCCAAUUCUGAACUGCAUUAUUCUCUUUCGGGUAGAAACUCUGAAAAAUUUCACAUUGACCCACUGAGGGGAGCUAUUAUGGCAGCUGGACCACUAAAUGGAGCUUCAGAAGUGACAUUUUCUGUACAUGUAAAAGAUGGUGGCUUAAUUCCAAAGACGGAUUCUACAACAGUGACUGUUAGAUUUGUGAACAAGGCAGAUUUCCCUAAAGUCAGAGCCAAAGAACAAACAUUCAUGUUUCCUGAAAACCAACCAGUAGGCACUCUUGUCACCACCGUCUCAGGCUCCUCAGUGAGAGGAGAACCUUUGUCCUAUUAUAUUGCAAGUGGGAAUCUUGGCAAUACUUUUCAAAUUGAUCAAUUAACAGGGCAGGUAUCGAUUAAUCAACCUCUGGAUUUUGAAAAGAUACAGAAAUAUGUUAUAUGGAUAGAGGCAAGAGAUGGAGGUUUUCCUCCUUUCUCUUCUUAUGAGAAACUUGACAUAACAGUAUUAGAUGUCAAUGACAAUUCUCCAAUUUUUAAGGAAGAUCCAUUUGUUUCUCAAAUAUUGGAAAACCUUUCUCCUCGAAAAAUACUUACUGUUUCAGCAAUGGACAUGGACAGUGGACCCAAUGGACAGCUAGAUUAUGAAAUUGUUAACGGCAACAAAGAAAAUAGUUUCAGUAUUAAUCAUGCUACUGGUGAAAUUAGAAGCAUUAGACCUUUAGACAGGGAAAAAAUAUCACAUUAUGUGCUCACCAUAAAAUCUUCUGACAAAGGAACACCUUCUCAGAGUACCUCAGUAAAAGUCAUCAUUAAUAUUUUAGAUGAAAAUGAUAAUGCCCCUAGGUUUUCUCAAAUAUUUAGUGCUCACGUUCCUGAAAAUUCCCCCUUAGGAUAUACAGUUACACGUGUCACAACUUCUGAUGAAGAUAUUGGUGUAAAUGCAAUUAGUAGAUAUUCAAUAAUGGACACAAGUCUUCCAUUUACAAUUAAUCCUAGCACAGGGGAUAUCAUCAUUAGUAGACCUUUAAAUAGGGAAGAUACGGACCGUUACAGAAUCCGAGUUUCUGCACAUGAUUCUGGGUGGACUGUAAGUACAGAUGUCACAAUAUUUGUGACAGAUGUCAAUGACAAUGCUCCAAGAUUUAGCAGACCUUCCUAUUAUCUAGAUUGCCCUGAACUUACUGAGAUUGGCUCCAAAGUGACUCAGGUAUCUGCAACAGAUCCCGAUGAGGGAUCAAAUGGACAAGUGUUUUAUUUUAUAAAAUCUCAGUCAGAAUAUUUCAGAAUUAAUGCCACCACCGGAGAGAUUUUCAAUAAACAGGUCUUAAAAUACCAAAACAUCAGUGGCAUCAGCAAUGCGAACAUCAACCGGCAUAGUUUUGUAGUGACAUCUUCAGAUCGAGGUAAUCCUUCCUUACUUAGUGAGACAACAGUUACCAUCAACACAGUGGACAGUAAUGAUAAUGCACCUCAAUUUCUUAAAAUUAAAUAUUUUACUCCAGUCACCAAAAAUGUUAAAGUUGGUACAAAUUUAAUCAAAGUAACUGCAAUAGAUGAUAAAGAUUUUGGAUUGAAUUCUGAAGUGGAGUAUUUUAUUUCUAAUGAAAAUCAUUUAGGAAAAUUUAAGUUAGACAAUGAUACAGGGUGGAUUUCAGUAGCAUCAUCCCUGAUUUCUGACUUGAAUCAAAACUUUUUGAUCACGGUCACUGCAAAGGAUAAAGGAAACCCUCCACUUUCAUCCCAAGCAACUGUUCAAAUAACUGUCACUGAGGAAAACUACCAUACACCCGAAUUCUCUCAAAGCCACAUGAGUGCAACCAUCCCAGAGAGUCAUAGUAUUGGGGCCAUUGUCAGAACUGUUUCUGCACGAGAUAGAGAUGCAGCUAUGAAUGGCUUGAUUAGGUACAGCAUUUCUUCAGGAAAUGAAGAUGGCAUUUUUGCAGUCAAUUCUUCCACUGGUGUAUUAACACUAGCCAAAGCCCUUGAUUAUGAGCUAUGCCAGAAACAUGAAAUAACUAUUAGUGCUACCGAUGGAGGAUGGGUUGCAAGAACCGGCUACUGCAGUGUGACCAUAAAUGUGAUUGAUGUGAAUGAUAAUUCUCCAGUAUUCCUUCCUGAUGAAUAUUUUCCUGCUGUUUUGGAAAAUGCCCCAAGUGGGACAACAGUUAUCCACCUAAAUGCAACAGAUGCUGACUCUGGAACAAACGCUGUGAUUGCAUAUACAGUACAGUCAUCUGACAGUGACCUCUUUGUCAUUGACCCUAAUACAGGAGUCAUCACCACUCAAGGCUUCUUGGAUUUUGAAACCAAGCAGAGUUACCAUCUUACUGUAAAAGCCUUCAAUGUCCCAGAUGAAGAAAGGUGUAGCUUUGCCACUAUUAACAUACAAUUAAAAGGGACAAAUGAAUAUGUGCCUCGUUUUGUUUCCAAACUUUAUUAUUUUGAAAUUUCAGAGGCAGCUCCUAGAGGUACCAUUGUUGGAGAAGUGUUUGCCAGUGACCGUGAUUUGGGCACUGAUGGGGAGGUACACUAUUUGCUUUUUGGUAACAGUCGAAAGAAGGGUUUCCAGGUCAGUAAAAAGACUGGACAAAUUUAUGUUUCUGGACUUCUUGAUAGAGAAAAAGAAGAAAGGGUGUCUUUGAAGGUAUUGGCCAAAAAUUUUGGAAGCAUUAGGGGUGCAGAUAUAGAUGAGGUCACUGUAAAUAUCACCGUGCUUGAUGCCAAUGACCCACCCAUUUUUAGUCUAAACAUCUACAGUGUUCAGAUCAGUGAAGGGGUCCCCACAGGAACUCAUGUGACCUUUGUCAGUGCCUUUGACUCAGACUCCAUCCCCAGCUGGAGCAGGUUUUCUUACUUCAUCGGAUCAGGGAAUGAAAAUGGUGCCUUUUCCAUUAAUCCACAAACAGGACAGAUCACCGUUACUGCAGAAUUAGAUCGAGAAACACUACCUAUCUAUAAUCUCACAGUUUUGGCUGUUGAUUCAGGGACCCCCUCAGCUACUGGAAGUGCUUCCUUAUUAGUCACCCUGGAAGAUAUAAAUGAUAAUGGGCCCAUGCUAACCAUCAAUGAAGGAGAAGUUAUGGAAAACAAACGCCCAGGAACUCUGGUGAUGACCCUUCAGUCCACUGAUCCUGAUCUCCCUCCAAAUCAAGGCCCUUUUACCUAUUAUCUGCUGACCACAGGCCCUGCCACCAAUUAUUUUAGUCUGAACACUGGUGGAGUUCUGAGCACAACCAGAGAGAUUGACAGAGAGCAGAUUGCAGACUUCUAUCUGUCUGUGGUCACUAGGGAUUCUGGUGUCCCUCAAAUGUCUUCCACAGGAACUGUGCACAUCACAGUUAUAGACCAAAAUGACAAUCCUUCACAGUCUCGAACGGUGGAAAUAUUUGUCAAUUAUUAUGGCAACUUGUUCCCUGGUGGGAUUUUGGGCUCUGUGAAGCCACAGGAUCCGGAUGUGUUAGACAGCUUCCACUGCUCCCUUAUGUCGGGAGUCACAAGCCUCUUCAAUAUUCCAGGGGGCACUUGUGACCUGAAUUCCCAGCCAAGGUCCACAGAUGGCACGUUUGAUCUGACUGUCCUUAGCAAUGAUGGAGUGCACAGCACAGUCACAAGCAAUAUCCGAGUUUUCUUUGCUGGAUUUUCCAAUGCUACAGUGGAUAACAGCAUCUUACUUCGUCUUGGUGUGCCAACAGUAAAGGACUUCUUGACUAACCACUACCUUCAUUUCUUACGCAUAGCCAGUUCACAGCUUGCAGGCCUAGGGACUGCUGUACAACUCUAUGGUGCAUAUGGAGAGAACAAUAGAACAUUUCUUUUGGCAGCUGUGAAACGAAAUAAUAAUCAGUAUGUUAAUCCUGGUGGUGUAGCCACCUUCUUUGAAAGCAUCAAAGAGAUCCUUUUCCGGCAGAGUGGGGUAAAGGUAGAAUCUGUGGAUCAUGACUCAUGCAUUCAUGGCCCAUGUCAGAAUGGGGGGAGCUGUAUAAGAAGACUGGCUGUGAGCUCUGAAUUGAAGAGCCAAGAGAGUCUUCCAGUCAUCAUUGUGGCAAAUGAACCUCUGCAGCCUUUCUUAUGCAAGUGUCUGCCAGGAUAUGCAGGUAGCUUUUGUGAAAUAGAUAUAGAUGAAUGCCUUCCAUCUCCUUGCCACAAUGGUGGGACCUGUCACAAUUUAGUGGGAGGAUUUUCAUGCAGCUGCCCAGAUGGCUUCACUGGUAGGGCCUGUGAGAGAGAUAUCAAUGAGUGCCUGUCCAGUCCUUGCAGGAAUGGUGCCGUCUGCCAGAAUUUUCCAGGAACCUUCAACUGUGUUUGCAAAACUGGAUACACAGGGAAAAUGUGUGAAUCUUCCAUCAAUUACUGUGAAUGCAACCCCUGCUUUAAUGGUGGUUCCUGCCAAAGUGGUGUGGAUUCAUAUUAUUGCCAUUGCCCAUUUGGUGAGUAUAGCUUAUUUGUGGAUACGAAAUAUCAGUCUAUUUUGACACACAGUUUUGCAGCUUCCUUAACUGUGGACUCCUGUUCUGAGAACCAGGAACCAGGAUAUUGCACCAUCAGUAAUGUGGCAGUUUCAGAUGACUGGACUCUUGAUGUUCAGCCAAAUCGAGUCACAGUUGGAGGUAUCAGAUUGCUAGAACCAAUCCUUCAGAGGAGGGGACACGUGGAAAGCCAUGAUUUUGUCGGGUGUAUAAUGGAGUUUGCCGUCAAUGGAAGGCCUCUGGAACCCAGCCAGGCUUUGGCAGCACAAGGCAUCUUAGAUCAGUGCCCUAGGCUAGAAGGUGCUUGUAUUCGCAGCCCCUGCCAACAUGGUGGCACAUGUAUGGAUUACUGGUCAUGGCAGCAGUGUCAUUGCAAAGAAGGACUGACUGGGAAAUACUGUGAAAAAUCUAUUACUCCUGACACUGCCUUAUCAUUAGAAGGCAAAGGACGCUUGGACUACCACAUGAGUCAGAAUGAGAAACGGGAAUAUUUGUUAAGACAGAGCAUACGAGGUGCCAUGUUGGAGCCUUUUGGUGUGAACAGUCUGGAAGUAAAAUUCAGGACAAGAGGCGAGAAUGGCAUUUUAAUCCACAUCCAAGAAAGCAGUAAUUACACUACUGUGAAGAUAAAGAAUGGCAAAGUACAUUUUACAUCAGAUGCAGGAAUCGCUGGGAAAGUGGAAAGAAAUGUUCCUGAAGUGUAUGUUGCAGAUGGCCACUGGCAUACUUUCCUAAUUGGAAAAAAUGGAACAGCCACAGUAUUGUCCAUUGACAGAAUAUAUAAUAGAGAUAUCAUCCACCCAACACAGGACUUUGGUGGCCUCGAUGUGCUUACUAUCUCUCUUGGAGGAAUUCCACCCAAUCAAGCUCAUCGAGAUACCCGAGCAGGUUUUGAUGGCUGCAUUGCUUCUGUGCUGUAUGGUGGAGAAAGUCUUCCUUUCAGUGGGAAGCAUAGUUUGGCCUCUAUCUCAAAAACAGAUCCCUCAGUGAAGAUUGGUUGUCGUGGCCCGAACAUUUGUGCCAGCAACCCCUGCUGGGGCGAUUUACUGUGCAUUAAUCAGUGGUAUGCCUACAAGUGUGUGCCUCCUGGAGACUGUGCCUCCCACCCAUGCCAGAAUGGUGGCAGCUGUGAGCCAGGCCUGCACUCUGGCUUCACCUGUAGCUGCCCAGAGUCAUACACGGGGAGGACCUGUGAGACGGUGGUGGCCUGUCUUGGUGUCCUCUGUCCUCAGGGGAAGGUGUGCAAAGCCGGAAGCCCCGGGGGGCAUGUCUGUGUUCUGAGUCAGGGCGCGGAAGAGAUCUCUCUGCCUCUGUGGGCCGUGCCUGCCAUCGUGGGCAGCUGUGCAACCGUGCUGGCCCUCCUGGUCUUGAGCCUGAUUCUGUGUAAUCAGUGCAGGGGGAAGAAGGUCAAAAAUCCCAAAGAGAAAAAACCAAAGGAGAAGAAGAAGAAGGGAAGUGAGAAUGUUGCUUUUGAUGACCCAGACAAUAUCCCCCCAUAUGGAGAUGACAUGACUGUGAGGAAACAGCCUGAAGGGAACCCUAAACCAGAUAUCAUUGAAAGGGAAAACCCCUACCUUAUCUAUGAUGAGACCGAUAUCCCUCACAACUCAGAAACCAUCCCCAGUGCCCCUCUGGCUUCACCGGAGCAGGAGAUAGAGCACUAUGACAUUGACAACGCCAGCAGCAUUGCCCCUUCAGAUGCAGACAUCAUCCAACACUACAAGCAAUUCCGCAGCCACACACCGAAAUUUUCUAUCCAGAGGCAUAGUCCCCUAGGAUUUGCAAGGCAAUCCCCCAUGCCCUUAGGAGCAAGCAGCUUGACUUACCAGCCUUCAUAUGGUCAAGGUUUACGAAGUGGCUCCCUAAGCCACUCAGCUUGCCCAACUCCCAACCCUCUGUCCCGACACAGCCCGGCCCCUUUCUCCAAGUCCUCUACUUUCUAUAGGAACAGCCCAGCAAGGGAAUUGCAUCUUCCUGUAAGGGAUGGGAAUACUUUGGAAAUGCAUGGGGAAACUUGCCAGCCUGGCAUUUUCAACUAUGCCACAAGGUUGGGAAGGCGAAGCAAGAGUCCUCAGGCCAUGGCAGCCCAUGGAUCUAGACCAGGGAGUCGCCUAAAGCAGCCUAUUGGGCAGAUUCCUCUGGAAUCUUCUCCUCCUGUCGGACUGUCAAUUGAAGAGGUAGAAAGGCUGAACACCCCUCGCCCUAGAAACCCAAGUAUCUGCAGUGCAGACCAUGGGAGGUCUUCCUCAGAGGAGGAUUGCAGAAGACCACUGUCCAGAACAAGGAACCCAGCGGAUGGCAUUCCAGCUCCAGAAUCUUCUUCUGAUAGUGACUCCCAUGAGUCUUUCACUUGCUCAGAAAUGGAAUACGACAGGGAAAAGCCAAUGGUAUAUACUUCUAGGAUGCCCAAAUUAUCUCAGGUCAAUGAAUCUGAUGCAGAUGAUGAAGAUAAUUAUGGAGCCAGACAGAAGCCUAGAAGGUACCAUGGCCGCAGGGCUGAGGGAGGACCUGCAGGCCCCCAGGCAGCAGCACCAGGGGUUGCUGACAACACACUGCCCUUGAAGCUUGGGCAGCAAGCAGGGAAUUUCAACUGGGACAACCUUUUGAACUGGGGCCCUGGCUUUGGCCAUUAUGUAGAUGUUUUUAAAGAUUUGGCAUCUCUCCCAGAGAAAGCAGCAGCAAAUGAAGAAGGAAAAGGAGGGACAACUAAGUCAGUCCCCAAAGAUGGGGAAACAGAACAGUAUGUGUGAAGUUGAUGUACUGGCAUUAUAAAAUAUAAAAACAAGAAACAUUCAAACCAUUGUAAGGUUGCUGACUAGGUUGAGUCACAUUUGAAAAACAGGCCAGUAUGGACUUGGUGGUCGAGGGAAACUAAAAAUAAUAACCACAAUGCUGCUGAAACAGACAACUCUUUAAUUUAAAUACACUUGAUUGAAUUUAUUUUUCUGCAUGCAUUGUAUUUUGUAAGUAGUUGUGUGGCAUGCAGCAUUUGGAAACUUUUUCUCAUUUACCAGUGUUUGAUUUGUGAUUUUUAACAUUAAUACUGUUACCAUUGCAGAAAUGAACUUGUGCUUUCAUAGUGGGGCAUGUGUACUGUUUCCAUCGUAUUAUUAUGUUUUGCAUUGGAAGAUCCUUGAGGUUUAACCAAUCCUUGUAAAGUGUAGAAAAGAACCCUCUUAUCCUUGAGUGAAAGACUAAUUAUUAACACUUUUCAGAACUGUAGAUUCCAUAUUCGAUGUUGCUCAGAAAUGUCUGAGUAUUUGAAUAAGUUUUACAUGACAGUGGGUACUAAAAUUAAGUCAUUUUGUUCAGCACUUUAAAACUUUCUUACAAAAUUGUGUUAAAACUUCCUGAAACUUUUUGCAAAUGAUUACAGUCUCCUGACUUCCAUCAGGCUUCCCUUAGGAACAAAAUGAUUGCAUGUUGUCCCCAGAACAUUGCCAUGUUCCUAGUGUGGAAAGGGAAGAUUUUCUUAGCAGCACUUCUGAGAAACACUUUUGAAAGUUAUUUAUUGAAAAAAUGUUCUAUGCUUUUAACAUUUUAAAGAAUGGACCUACGGAAAGACUACGACUGGACUGCUUUUUCAAUCUUUUGACAUUUACCCCAAGUACCCAGUUUUUGUAAUUUAUAUAAAGUCAAUUUCAACACUUCUUACUUUCUGUCAUUUUGUAGAUCAUUUUUUUAAUACUGUGUAAAAACAUUUUUUUACACCUAAGCUGUGUUUUUGAUACUGAUAUUUUCCUAUGCUGAAAGUUUUCUUACUUUCAGGGAAGGUAAGAAAAUACAUUUUUUACAUUUGUUACUUAUGUAACGUUCAUAUUUUUCACAUUUUGAUAUUUGUAACAUACUGUAUGCUUUCUACUUGUAAAUGCCAACAAUAGAAUUAAAUAUUUAUUUAAAAUACUUUGCAUUCAUAGUGUAAUAUUAAUUUUGCAUCUUUCUGUACUCUAUGUAUGCUCAAUUAUGAAUAUUCUCUACUUGUCAAUAGGGUAUGGCAAUUUGAACUAUAUGUGGGAAGCAUCAUUUUCUUUUAAAAAACAUGAAUAUGGAUAAUUUCCAGAACAGAUACUUUAAGGUCAUUUUAGUGCAUUCCUACCUGUCAGAGUUCUUGAACUUCCCUAGAGUAUAAUGAGUCUAGACUGGGUUGGUCUUAGGGGACUAACUUUGUUAUGAACCUGGUUUAAGCAUCCUGGCAAUAAGUGUUAGGAAGUUCCCAGUAGAGUAUGUUUACUGAAGGCGAGCAGCAAUGAAUUAAAGCUAAUUAUGGAAAAAUGUCUGGGUCUGGUUUUCUGCAAUGACCCAGCCCAAAAUUUUCCAAGUCCAAUCAUGGGUAAAAAGAAUGACAGAGAAAGCUCUGCUCUGCAUACCUCUUAAAUUUAUUGAUUAUUCUGCUGCAUGAGCUCUAAAAAUUUUUUGCAUGCUAUCUUAGACAAGACAAACCUCUAUUUUCAAGUAGUCACCAAGAGUGAGAACCUCUGAAGAAGGGGAUGAUACACAGCAGGAUCCAUUUGUGUGUAUAAAUAGUUAUAUCUUAAAUAAUAGGACUUAUAAAAAUUACCUCACAAUCUCAGAACGUUUUGUAAUUAAAUAUCUGCUCCAAACCAUAUUUGUUGAGAAUACGCUCCUUUAAUACUGACUGUACCAUAUCGAAUAGGGAUUUUAACAAUAUGUAAAUGUUUUAGUAAAUAAAAUAUCCUUAAAUUAACACCAAAA